AUGACUGAGAUGAUUGAUGUCAAGAGCUUAGCCAGGAGCCUGGAAUUGCAAGUUCUACUGUACGUGGCCCUGAAUCGCACCAAUGCGCUUGCAACUCUUCUUCCCACAACAAAUAACAAGGUCACCUCGUCUGCAUCACAGAGAAAUUUAAAAGAUGAAGGUAAAGAUGUUAUUGUUGUUGAAGCCUCCGAAACAGAUACAUAG